AUGCUAGGAUUUUUUUUCCUCCACAAUAACAUGAGUGAACUAAAUGGAAAAGAAGAUUGCAAGCUUGCAGAAGGUAAAAUCCAUAAAAAGAAGCAAAAGGCUUUCGGUGCAGAUCUCAAAAAUUAUUUGAAAUGCAUGGUACCACAUAUCGAAUCUGGGAUCAAGACUUCUAACUCCAGAAAUGUCGUGCUUUCUGCGGAGGAAGUAAUACAGUGGUCCCAGUCUUUGGAAAAACUCUUGGCCAGCCAAAGUGGUCAAGGUAUCUUCCGGGAGUUCCUGAAGUCAGAGUUCAGUGAGGAAAAUAUUGAGUUUUGGCUGGCUUGUGAGGAUUACAAGAAAACCAAGUCUGAUCACUUACAUGACAAAGCAGAGAGGAUCUAUGAGGAGUUUGUUCAGUCAGAUGCUAUUAAACAGAUCAAUAUUGACUAUCAGAUGAGGGAAGCAACAGCCAAAAGAGCUCAAGACCCAACUCACACAAGUUUUGAUGAAGUCCAGAAAACUGUGUACAUACUCAUGGAAAGGGAUUCAUAUCCCAGAUUUCUGAAAUCCAAAGCCUACCUGAACCUUUUGACCCAACUGCAGACCAGCACUUCAAAAUGA